UGACAUUUUCAAAUUAAAACCUUAACCUCCAAAUAUAUGCUUCUUCUUUUCUUUUUAUUUUUCUCAGUGAAUUUCAAUACUUAAAACAAAGGACAAAAUAAUUGCUUCUAGUUUAAAACAAAGAGUUCCAUUAAUUGGUGAAUUUUUUUUCCUCGGUUUUUAUUUUGUGUCAAUUGUGUUACUUAGUCUAUGGCUCAUAAUUCGAUUGAAAGAGCGUAAAACUCAACGUCACAUCUGUCAAAAGGCAAAACAGAAAUACGGCUAGUCAUCAUUAACUUAUUUUCAGUUUAUUUCAUUAAAUAAUCAAACAAAAUGACUCAAAUGGAUGCUGAACGUGAGAAAAGUCUUCAAGAAUACCGGAAAAAACUAUUAGAACACAAAGAAGUUGAGUCUAGGUUGAAAGAAAUGCGAGAACAGCUAAAAGAUUUGACAAAACAAUAUGAUAAAUCAGAAAACGAUCUCAAAGCUUUGCAGAGCAUGGGCCAGAUUGUUGGAGAAGUAUUGAAACAACUAACUGAAGAAAAAUUUAUUGUGAAAGCUACUAAUGGCCCUAGAUAUGUAGUCGGAUGUCGUCGUCAAUUAGAUAAAUCAAAAUUGAAAGCAGGUACAAGAGUUGCACUAGAUAUGACUACAUUGACCAUCAUGAGAUACCUACCUAGAGAGGUAGAUCCUUUGGUGUACAAUAUGAGUCAUGAAGAUCCAGGUGAUGUUACUUAUGCCGCUAUCGGUGGUUUAUCUGAACAAAUUAGGGAAUUGAGGGAGGUGAUUGAAUUACCUUUACUGAAUCCUGAACUGUUUAUGAGAGUUGGAAUAACACCGCCAAAAGGUUGUUUGUUGUAUGGACCUCCUGGUACUGGAAAAACGUUAUUAGCUAGAGCUGUAGCAUCUCAGUUAGAUGCAAAUUUCCUGAAAGUGGUUUCUAGUGCUAUAGUUGACAAAUAUAUUGGGGAAUCUGCAAGACUUAUCAGGGAAAUGUUUAAUUAUGCAAAAGACCAUCAGCCUUGUAUAAUAUUUAUGGAUGAAAUUGAUGCCAUUGGUGGGCGAAGAUUUUCAGAAGGUACUUCAGCUGAUAGAGAAAUUCAAAGAACACUCAUGGAAUUAUUGAAUCAAAUGGACGGUUUUGAUUCUCUGGGGCAGGUGAAAAUGAUUAUGGCAACCAACAGACCUGAUACAUUGGACCCUGCUCUAUUACGUCCUGGCAGGUUGGAUAGAAAAAUAGAAAUUCCAUUGCCAAAUGAGCAAGCACGUCUUGAGAUUUUGAAAAUUCAUGCCCUUCCUAUUGCCAAGCAUGGUGAAAUUGAUUAUGAAGCUAUAGUUAAAUUAUCUGAUACAUUUAAUGGUGCUGAUUUGAGAAAUGUUUGUACUGAAGCAGGUUUGUUUGCAAUAAGAGCUGAAAGAGAAUAUGUUAUACAAGAAGACUUCAUGAAAGCAGUUAGAAAAGUAGCAGAUAACAAGAAACUUGAGAGUAAAUUAGAUUAUAAACCAGUGUAAACUUAGUUUUUUUAUUGUGCCUAAUCUAAGAUUUUUUUGCUAUUAAAAUUUAAUAAAACAUCUUUUGACUUUAAUAAAUAAGUACGACAUUUAAUUUUAAUGUGGAAAUUAAUGUUUAAGGAUGUCAAAGUUUAUGUUUCAUUUAUUUAAGUUAAUUUUACAUAAAUGAUUUACAUUUCAUAAUCCUCAAAAGUUGUCUACAAAGAUCCAGGUUAUUUUACAAUAAAAAUUAAUUUAAUAAAUUUGCACCCCAUAACCCCCAAUGGACCGCUCUGAAAAUUGUACUAAACACUAGUCCAUAAACCAAAAAAUUAUACAACAAUACUUAUUAAAAUAAAUUUAUUUACAUAAUCUUUUCAUCAAAUAUUUAAACAAUUAAUAAAAUUGAUUGACUUAUGUUAUAUUUACGGCAUUUUCCAACUUUUCUAAUUGAGAUCUAAGAUUAAUAUCAUAACCAACACCUCUUAACCUUUCUACGAUUGCUACCUGUUGACCAAUUUCUUUCAACACAUCUUUAACAUCGGUAGGUAUAAAUUUCGCUAAAAUAUACAUCAACUGAAAAUAGUUUAUAGCGUUAAAAUUUAAAUGUUUCUCUGUAGUACUUAUAACACAAGUACUAAAUUCCAGCUUCACCUGAGGAUAAAGAGGGGAUUGAAUGAUUGUUUUAAUAAGAUUAAUUGCUAGGCUUCUUUGUGGAUGGAAUAUGACCAAUUCAAAGAGUCCACACAAAGUUUUAGUGAUUAGAAGUUUUAAUAGUGGAACAGAAGUAGUACUUUGGAUAGUGUCGUUCAAGAUUUUUAUUACUUUUGAUAAAUUAUUAUCGCGUUCUUUGACUGGGUGUUUGAAGUAGCAAUUGCAAAUUUUUUCCAAUACUGUUUCAGCUGUUAUAUCAUUUUCGAGACAUUUUACUAUAGGCGAAUCAGUAGUAGGAAAAUAGGGUAUGUACUUUGUAAUCAAAUCCCUUAAACUCCUUUCUAGGAAUACAUCAGAAUCAGAUUUUAACUUCACUAACGCUUCAUAAAAUAAAUGCCAUGUUUUUUUAAUGGAAUUUAUAACAUAUUCAUGAGGUGUUUUUCCUAAUAAAAAAUCGGAAGGAAAUAAUAAACAAUGCAUCAAUUUGGUUAAAGGACUGGAGCUUCUAUUUCGGUUAUAAAGAAGGGACCCACAAUGUAAAAAUGCUAAUGAUAGAGAAAUGUAUAUCCUAAAAACUACAGACUCGUUUUCAGGAUGAUUUAAAUAUUGCGGUAACCAUUUAUCAAUGCUCCCAAAACAUAAUUCGCAUAAUUUAUUAAUUGUAUUCGAUUGUAUAUGACUUUUUAUAUCACUACCUAAAUAUUCAAUAAAACCUCUUAAUGAA